AUGCAUCUGAGGGAGAAGGCUACGGAACUCUUGGCAGAAACCGUCGUUCGCUAUCUGCAUCGGCUCUCGCAAGAGCAUGAACUAAUUGGCGAUUCAGACUCUGCGACGAUGGAGAGUCGAACGGCCGAGCAACGUUCACGACACGCGUCUGGGACUGGUUCGUCGUACAUCACACGGUCGAUGGCUGACCGUCAGGGCACCGACACCUACUCGAAACGCUACAAUUACCGUAGCCGCUCAGAUGUGGGUAGCCCAAGGCGAUACGCUAGUCAGACGCUUCGCUCGCCAGACCGAUCCACCCCACGGGGUUACACUUCCGACACCGCUUACGAUACGGUGCGCUCAAAGGCCCGUGGCGGAUACUCCAAUUACGACUAUGGUGACUACUACCUACUCCUUGUUCUAGUUGCGGGGUUGGAUCGAGCGCCAAAAGCCCAAAACUGCCUCUUGAUCCCCCAUCUACUUUCUCAAACAAAGGCUUUCGAUCCAAUCAGGCACUACCGGCUUCAACCGGUUAACCAUCGCAUGCUUUUCAAUAGUGUAUGCUGGCGUUUUUCUGUUCUAGACACCUUUUCGUCAAGUCGCCAUCAUGAAGCACGAACUUCCACCGUGGGUGGAGCAGGCGCUGGCGGCGGGGUUAGCACGGCUAGCGCCCAGUCAGCCAGACAAGCUGGAAAAGGUACGUCGAUGUCGUCAUCAUCGUGA